AUGGCACAGAGAAUCUCAUCAAUGACAUAUGUCAACGGCCUCGACCCAUUUAAAUUUGUGCACGGGACCCUCACCCAGGGGACCAAGGGCGGUUACCUGCUCUGUAUGACGAAACCGUUAAAACAGCGAAACGCCAAUUUCAAAUUCUCCACAAGCCUCACUACUGUGGUUCUCAAGUCGCCGCCAGAUCUUGCUUAUAGUCCGCCAAGUGCAGUGGCAAAUGGCAUAAUAUGUUUGGAAAUGAGACAUCUCGUUGUAACAGUGUCUCGGGAAUUGUGGGUGGCUCUCUUAAGUCAGUCAAAAGAUCUAGAUGAGAGAAGUGAGUAA